CACACCCUUGCGAAAAAUGAAAUGUGCUCAGCAACACGCUGCUUUUUGUGUGGAGUUAACCCACUGAGUAAGUUCGCGACGCAGGAGGUUCAGAACUACUUGAUUGGAACCGUCCAUUUUCAAGUGGUCUUUGUGCGCGUUGAAGCUUCGGAGCCUAGUUCGCUUAGCUUAGCUUUGCUUAGCUUGUGAACACAGAACAACGUGGUUCAACGCUUGAACAUCAAGUUGGAGCCUCCUAAAGUGUGUAAAAUGCGCGCAAGAAGGACGCCAGCCGCAAAGUUCAAGGCGGAACUUUGUGGCGCAAAAGAUCAGCGACAACAUCAACUCUCGACUGCUUGCAAAAUGCAAGUAAAAGUUGUUCUUCGCAGACUACCAGAUCUAUAUGUCAGCCAAGCCCAUCGUCCUGAGCACCAAGAGCCUGCAUGCAUCAAGGAAGAGGAAGAGUCUGGACCCAUCCAAGGUUUCAGCAAAUAUCUUGGUCCUGACGCUCAACAGCUAAAGAGAGAAGUACAACUUCCAAUCAAAAAGGAGGAGGGAGAGCUGUCAUACGUUAAAACAGAGGACGAUAUCACCAUGUCGACUGUUGAGCCCUUAAAUAGCGAGUAUGGUCUGAGUAAGGCCAGCAGAGCGACGGAGCCUCCAUGCAGCAGCUCAACAGAAGGGUCGCUAGCACAAAUUUUCAUCGCACCAUCAGAAAGAAAUUGUGCCACAUCACACUCACCUUACAAAGAUGAUGGUCAGAAAAAAUCUCACCGUGGGAAAACCUUUGCUAAUAUCUACUCCCUUCGUAUGCAUAUGAGGGGCCACACUGGUGAAAAUCCUCUUGUCUGCUCAGUUUGUGGUCAAAAAUUCACUCAGAAGAGCAACUUAGACAGACACACAAGAACCCACACUGGUGAAAAACCUUUUUCCUGCUCAGUUUGUGGUCGAGGUUUCGCUAAAAAGCUUAAUUUAAAAAUACACAUAAGAGUGCACACUGGAGAAAAACCUUUUUCCUGCUCAGUUUGCGGGCAAGAAUUCGUUCAAGCGCAACAGUUGAAAAGCCACACAAGAACCCACACUGGUGAAAAACCUUAUUCCUGCUCAGUUUGUGGUCACAGUUUCGCUGAUAAGAAAAACUUACAAACACACAUUAGAACCCACACCGGUGAAAAACCUUUUUCCUGCUCAGUUUGUGGUCAAGGAUUUACUCAAAUUCACCACUUAAAACGACACACAAGAACCCACACUGGUGAAAAACCUUUUUCCUGCUCAGUUUGUGGUCACAGUUUUACUAUGAAGAACACCUUACAAGCACACACAAGAACCCACACUGGUGAAAAACCUUUUUCCUGCUCAGUUUGUGGAAAAAGAUUCACUCAGAAGAGCGCCUUAAACACACACACAAGAACCCACACUGGUGAAAAACCUUUUUCCUGCUCAGUUUGUGGUCAAGGAUUCAGUCAUAAGAGUUCCUUCCAUGCACACUCAAGAACCCACACUGGUGAAAAACCUUAUUCCUGCUCAGUUUGUGGUCACAGUUUCGCUAAAAAGGAUAACUUACAAACACACAUUAGAACCCACACUGGUGAAAAACCUUUUUCCUGCUCAGUUUGUGGUCAAGGAUUCAGUCAUAAGAGUUCCUUCCAUGCACACUCAAGAACCCACACUGGCAAAACUUUUUCCUGCUCAGAUUGUGGUAAACAAUUCAGUCAUAAGAGUUCCUUCCAUGCACACUCAAGAACCCACACUGGUGAAAAACCUUAUUCCUGCUCAGUUUGUGGUCACAGUUUCGCUAAAAAGGAUAACUUACAAACACACAUUAGAACCCACACUGGUGAAAAACCUUUUUCCUGUUCAGUUUGUGGUCAAGAAUUCGCUCACAAGUAUUGGCUUAAGAGACACGUGUGUAUUGGUGUGAGAAGCAAUGGCCAAUGAUUGUUUUGCCUGUCAUCCAUGCUGCCUUCAUCAGAUUGUGCACGCAGGUCAAUUAUAGACUGUAGUUUCCUCAAAUCCUGUUGAGGAUUGGCAGUAUUGGUGCCUUAAUUGUGCUUUAUCCAAUCCUUAUAUGAUGUUGAUCCACAGUAUUGCCAAAAGUAUUGGCUCACCUGAUUUAACACUCAAGUUGAGUGGCAUUAUUUAGACAAUACUCCCACUCUUUCAACUACACUUUUCACAGCUAAUAUUUGAAACAGUAGACCCCAAAUUACAAAAAUUCUAAAUCAUUCAUCAAUAAUAUAAUAACAUAAAUAUGGGAAAUUAUGAUUGGGUCACAAAUAUUAUUUUUGAGUUUUGGGGCCAAAUAAAGGGAGGGGAAAAAUGACUACGAGAUUAAAGUUGUACUCUUACUACAAGAAAAAAAGUACUUUGUAGGGGUAAUGUAGUUGAAUAAGGGGCUACGCACUUAAUGUACAUGUACCUUAGCUGGGAGCUCUGACAAAGCAUCAAUAAAAUACUUCCAUUGAUUAUAAUUUGGUGUAGAUGAGUGAAAAGAUAAGAUUUCCGUAUUUUAGAAACUGUUUCUAAAACACACCCUCACAAGAUAUUUUCAUUAUUGUUGACUUUAGUGGAGGCGGCAAAGCACUACAGAAAGUACGUGGCUGCUUAUUCAACUACAUUACCCCUACGUAACAGGACAACUUUUUUUUCCCCCUCGUAGUACCGGUUCCCCAUGCUGGCUCUCUGCGAUUUCGGUCUAUAACCACACUGGAAUCUCCAGCUCCAGCAUCUCUAAGACAUAGGUCAGGUUGAAGACGAGUACCUAUUUCAUUGUCAUUUCAUUGCACAUACACUGUAUGUCUGUUCCUCAUCACAACACAAACUGUAGCAAAGUAGUAGCAGGGGUGAAAGUGGCUAGAAACUCCCUGACAUGACGGUCGCCACGGAGCCAGAAUUUUUUUUUUUUUUUUUUUGGUCAAACCUCGGAAAACCACUGAAAUGCAAAUAAAACUGCUUUUGGCUGUUAUUUCCAUAACACAAACACAUUUUCAUUCAAAAUUGUAUUUUUUUUUCAAUGAUUUGGAAAAAUAUAAGUGAACACAACAAGCAGUAACCCCAACCUCCAUCUCCUAAUAGAAAUAAAAAAUAGACAUAUACCGUAAUUUCCCGAAUAAAACGCACACUUUUUUCCCCCAAAAUCAACUUGUAAAAUCAUGGUGCGCAUUAUAAACGGGUACAUAGAUGGAGACAGAAAUAUAUAAAUAUUACAUAUAUAAACCGAUUUUUUUAAUUGACACGGCCACGUUGUGUUGAAGAAACGUAUGCGGCGACCCGUUGCCGACCAUUACGGUACGUGACGUCACCAUUUUGUUUCGGUAAUACUUCACUCUAAUCGGCCGAAUGAUUUCGUCUGUGUUAAAUUCUGCUUUUUUUUUUUACUCUUCAUAAAGCACGGAAUUUAGUUUCUUGAACUCAUUUGAGUCAACGUUUAUUGCAGCUCCGCAACUCUGACCCUAACAAAUGUAAGCACACAGGCUUCCUGUGUCCAUCAACUAUAUCUGUCCCUCAGGAAACUCAAUCCCAAAUAAUAAUAGUUCCUAUUGUUACUGUCGUGUUCACAGCGAUGAGCUCUCACGGAUUUCCGACUUACGUUCUCACUUUCAUUUUACCGUAUCAAUCCAUGGAAGAAAUAUUUACGUGCAAGUUAUACAGCAGCCUUUAAAAGAAAAGUCACAUCUGAUUUGUUUUCUCCUAAAUUCUGGUAAGCUGGAGAAGUUGUCAAAUCGUAUUAUUACCGUAAAUAUUGUCAGUUUAUGGUAAUGUUUUGAACUACCAAUAUGCUAUGCUUGUGCUGUGUUUCACCAGUCAGUAAAAUGACAUUUCUGUAUCUGUACACGAGCUCUGUUUUCUUGUAUUCUUCUAUUUAUUGGUGCUAAAAUUAGGGUGCGCGUUAUAAACGGGUACAAUAUUUUUCCCUAGGAUUUACAAGUAAAUUUGGGGUGCGCAUUAUACACGGGUGCGCCUUAUAUUCGGGAAAUUACGGUACAUAUUAAUUGUGUCCAAAAAGGAGUAGGAUGAAGCAUUUGCUUAUUAAAACCUACACCCCUUUCUAUUCCUUAAUUAUACCAGUCAUCCCUAUUUGAGUCCUCAUAUCAACAAAGAAAUAAAGUUAAUAACCUAUACAUAAGAUGCAAGAGAAACAAAAAUAAAAUAAAAGGGACCAGACAAUAACAGAUGUGUGGAAACCCCCUAUAAUUAAACCCCUUCUUCACUAUACCAUGUGAAAACCAUGCGCUUCUACCACUUCUUAAACUGGGUCAUGCUUGGACAUUGCUUGAGCCCCUCAUCUAACUUAUUCCACAGCCUCACUCCACAAAGAGAAACACAAAAACUUUUUAAUGUAGUCCAUACCCUCUGAUGCUGUCAGUGAAGCUCUUCCCCGCAAACUGUAAUGACCUUCUCUGUUAAAAAAAACUAUUUCUGUAUAUUAGCAGGAAGUGACCUGUGUAUUGCCUUAUGCAUGAGCUGAGCUGUUUGAAAAUGAACCAAGUCCCUGAGUUUUAUUGUUCUGGAUUCAAAAAAUAAUAUAUUAGUAUGAUCCCUAUAACCAGCAUUAUGUACUAUUCUUAUGGCUCAUUUUUGCAAAAUGAAUUGUGAUUAUAUUGUACAUUUAUAAGUGUUACUCCAGACCUCUGCACAGUAGUGUAAAUAUGGCACAAUUAAAGAACAGUUAAGAAUGUGGAGUGAUUUAUUGUCAAGACUGUGUUUAGCUUUAUUCAGGACUGAUAUGCUUCUUGAUACUUUACUUAGUGUAUGUUUUAUGAGCUUUCCAAUUAACCCUGUCAUCAAUAACUACCCCAAGAAACUUGUUCUCAUAGACCCUUUCAAUAUUUACCCCAUCUGUCUCUAUUUGGACUUGACUAUAUUUAUUGUAACUGCUAAAUAACAUGAAUUUGGUUUUACUUUAAUGAUAAUUUGUUUGUGUCAAACCAUGUCUUUAAGAAUUUCAUCAGAAACCCUGUUUUGCAUUUACAUGUAUAGACCCUACCCACGUGACGUCACAACUCCGGCCUCCUGACUGGUGCCGCCCAAUUGUCCGUCAACACAUCGUGUUUACCUGUUACGGCUACGUACAUUCCUCCUAUUUAUGGCGUGUUUUUCUGCUCGUUAACAUUUAUAAUCAAAAUUGUGAAGGCGUGUGUGGCGGUCGGUUGCAAUAACAUGAAGUUCUACCGGAUUCCGAGAGACCCGGAGAGGAGAGCGAGAUGGGCUGCUGCAAUUCGACGAGAAAACUGGGCUCCAAACGAUUACCACAGAUUAUGUAGUAGUCAUUUUAUAUCUGGUAAGAUGCAUUUAAUAUAUAUUUAGAGGGUUUUGGGCUGACAACCACAAUUAAGAUCAUUGCUAAUCGCCGACAACAUACACGUAUGUAUGUAGUGAGAGUGCUAUCGCUAAACCAUAUAAACAUUAAAAGCCCUAGCUCCAUUGACAAAUGACAUGAAAUACAUUAGACUUGACAGUGGAUAUUAGCAAGAACAAAAGAUUUCGAAUUGAAAAUUUCGUAACUCACCCUUCCGAGCACAAGAUAGAUUCCUGCCGAAUUUUCGUGGACGAGGACCUGUUUCACCCAACCAGCAACAAAGUAUUUAUAAGCCUCCAAGCUCUUAAAGUUUUUCAAACUUUCGUGAGAAUAGGCUGAUUUUGUGUGGACAAGAUAGUUGUACAUAGCAGGGUAGCUAGCAGAUGUCAGGCAAAUACGGCGGAGACAGCGGGUCGAAAAACAUCGAUUUAGGCAUCAAAUAUGGAUCUGGCGAAUGGAUAAACUGAAGCUUUUCCACAUAACGCCUUUUAUGCAACGCAUCAAGUGAGUUUACGGCAUCGGAAAGCACCGGGUCUUCCAUGAAAUGCAUUAUAAAUUGCUCGAUCAAUUGAGACCAUUGAUAAUAGACACAAAAUGACGGACAAGGGGGCGGAACAAUACAGCUAGCACGUGAUUUUGUGACGUCGGUGGGUAGGGUCUAUAUACGGUAUCAAUUAUUUCUUCUUCCACCACUGCUGAAAGGGCCAUUGAGCUGGGAUUCCUUUCAGUGAGAUUUUCAUUCCACUCCUCAGAUAAACUUAAUUUUUUUUUUUUUUUUUUUGCCAGAUUUGGUCCAACAUUUCAAAGAAAUCAUGGAAGCUGCUGAUGAUGUCAUCGAUAUUAUCCUUCUUCACAUCAUUUUCCACAAAGUAUUGAGGAUAGCUCUGUUGCUUAGCACCAUUUUUAAUAAUUCCAUUCAAUAUGUCCCACAUUCCUUUAAUAUUGUUUUUGUUAUACAGCAUUUUACUAUCGUAUUCUUUCCUACAUACCCUCAUGAUAUUGGUCAGUUUAUUGUUUAUAUUUUUUUCUGCCUCUGUUGUUCUUUGUUUUAUGAAUUCUCUAUACAGUGUAUUUUUCUUACGAGCGUUUUGUAAUCCCGUCGUGAACCAUGGUCGAUCUUUGUACUUUUGUUCUCUGCUGUUUAGUUGUAUUGGGCAGUUUUUAUCAUAUAAUGAUGUGAAUGUAUUCAAAAAUGUUUCAUAUACACAG